AUAAAUGAGCAUCAGGUGAAACGCCUUUCGCGUAGUGCGGAUCAAAGUGCGGAUAUAGACGAUCGUUUGUGGUUAUCAUCAGUUUUUUGCUACUUACUUAUCACGUAUAAUGGCUGUAGACUUAGUUAAGCAUAAGGAUUCAUUGCUUGCAGCAUGGAAGGCCGUUGUCAGCGACAAAGACCCCACGAACUGGGCUAUCAUGAGCUAUGAACCAAAUUCAAACAUUCUGAAAGUUGUUUCCACUGGAGAAGAUGGUCUGGAGGAGAUGAUAGAUGAUUUGAAUAGUGGGAAGAUUAUGUAUGCCUACUGCAAAGUUGAAGAUUCACAUACAACAUUGAAUAAAUUUGUGCUCAUAAACUGGCAAGGAGAGGGUGCACCAAUCGCACGCAAGGGUACCUGCGCGAGCCAUCUCAGAGAUGUCACAAAUCUAUUUCACGGGGCUCAUGUGACCAUCAAUGCACGAACAGACGAUGAUGUGGAAGUGGAUGCCAUCAUGGAUAAGAUCUCCAAGUCCACUGUGUCAUCGUUCAACUUCCAUGAGAAGCCCAAGCCUCCACUGCAGACAAAGCCUGUGGGCUCUGUUUACAAACGAAUCGUUCCUGAAAGGGAUAUUGAUGCUUCUGCACGAGAUGAGUUCUGGGAGCAGACUGAGGUUGAAGAACGCAAGAGAAAAACUGAAGAUCGGAAGAAGUCACAGGCAGAAACGGAAAAACUUGAGGGAGAGAGAUUGGUCAGAGAGGAGAAAGAAGGCCUGCAUAGAGACAAGAUAACCAGGGAGAGAGCCGCCAGUGUCCGCUCUCAGCGCGAGGCUGAACGCAUGGCGAACGUUUCCAAGACCGAGGAAGAUAAGAAGAAAUGGGAAGAGGAGCAAGCAAGUCUAGAACGAGAGGAUGAUGCAGAACGGAGGAGAAGGGCUGACUCACUCCGUAAGGAACGACUCAAGGAGGCAAAUGAGCUUGUGGAGCGUAGAGGAGCCGACCCACGAGCCAUGUUUGAGCAGCACAUAACCCCAGCAGCGCAGCGGCAUAGCAGACCGCCACCAAAGGUGCUGCGAGAUUGGAAGGCUAAGCAGGAAGAGCAACAGGAAGCACCAAGCAGAUCUCUACCAGUGGUCCCAGCUGCUGCCGGAGACAGCUCACUUCCCAGCAAGGUGACACCCCAGCCACUAGCCCGGGAGCCAUCACCCCCUCGAAAGAGAGAGCCCUCACCUCCCAAGAAGAGAGAGCCAUCACCCCCUCGAAAGAGAGAGCCCUCACCUCCCAAGAAGAGAGAGCCCUCACCUCCCACGAAGAGAGAGCCCUCACCUCCCACGAAGAGAGAGCCCUCACCUCCCACGAAGAGAGAGCCCUCACCACCUGUGAGAAGGGAGCCCAGCCCACCAGCCAGGGGACCAUCGCCACCGCAUAGAGAACCAACACCUGAACGCCAGCCAAGCCCUGUGAAGACGAUGUCCGAGCCAGCGGUGCCGCCGCACACGCGCAAUCUGCUGGCAGAGGGGCUACCGCCACGCGUGGAGUCCCCAGAAGAGGAAGAGGAUCAGGACUGGGAAGAGCCACCUCUUGAGGAGGGUCCGACGGUCACCGCGGAGACAGAGCAGCAUCUUAUCGAGGAGGAGAUGCGGCGCUCGGUGACAGAAGCCCCGGAACCACCUCACCUGACACCACAACGAGUUCCUCCUUCUCUCACCGAGGAUGACGAUGAGGAAGCAGAGAUAGAAACAUUCCAGGAGGAGGAACAGAUGGGUGCUGCUGCUGAAGAGGAAGAGGAGGGAGAAUUUGAGAUACCAUACACAAACCAGAGCGCACGUGCUCUCUAUGACUAUCAAGCAGCUGAUGAGACAGAAAUAACUUUUGAUCCGGAUGACACCAUAACACAUGUUGACCAAAUAGACCCAGGUUGGUGGAGGGGCUUUGGACCAGAUGGCACGUAUGGACUGUUUCCAGCAAACUACGUGGAACUAAUUAGCUCAUAGUCUGCUUGGUGUUUUGUCAUUUGCUUUGGCAUAACGUUCAUUAGUGUUGUCUAGUAGUGAGUGGAAGUUGACCAACUGUCCAAGAACCCCUGAUAGUCCAGCUAAUGUGGGCUAGAAAUUAGGGACCAGACUGUAAUUCCAUUCAGCUUCACAGUUGAGUGAGGUCUGUAUUACCGACAAUGAUCAUACAGAUGUUAAACUCUACUACUGCUUGCACUAUUGUAAAGACAUAUCCGCUGUUAAGGUUUGGGUUCCAAUGUCAGGGUUUCUUCAUAUGAGAACGCUUGCUGUACCAGCAAAUCAUUUAUAUAAAAUAUCAUUAUGUCACGAUCACUGACAUUUGUGUUGUCAUACUUAAUUAAGGCUUUAAUUAGAAUUCUAAUAAGAUGUAUUCAAGAUCGACUCCUGAUUGUACUUUAAGGGUAAUACAACUCAGUGAUGUUCAUACAGAUGUCGUGUAAUCACGUGAUGCAUGUUCUGAUAUACACGAAUGCUUGGGUGUCAUAGAAUUUCUCCAAUUUCAAAGCGGUUAUAUUUUACUAACACAUAUAUUAAUAUCAUCAUGAUCAGUCGAUUAACUGGAUUGAAACAGGAUGCUUUGAGACACCGAACGUUGUGUUCUAAUCGUCUAGAUUAUGCUGUUGGUCUUCUGUUAGUGGUGAUUAUGGACUAUCAUAAUACGUAAUUUGUAUUCAUGUUUAAUAUUUUGUUGUGAGUGAAAUAGCUGUACAAGUGUCCGAUGUAUGGCAACCAAAAAAAUGUUAUGAGCAAUCAAGCAUAACAUAAAAGUUGCACAUGUUAGUGUAUAUUCAACGACUUUGAUGGGGGAAAGAAAGAGAGAGAGAGAGAGAGAGAGAGAGAGAGAGAGAGAGAAAAUUGAUAAUAUAGAACUCCAAUUUAAUUAGUCUCUGUGUGUUAAAGAUUCUUGUUACACUGACAUGUUUUUGCGGGUGCUAUUAUAUCGAGUCGGAAAUUGUCUAAUUUGCCUUAAACUAAUAAUCAAUUAUCUUAAAAAUAGGUUCAAGCUGCUAUAUAUUUGGUAUUUUGAAUUCUAUACCAUGAUAUCUUAUGUAUUACACCGCAGUUGAAAAUAAGUAGGAGAGUAUAUAAGAGAGGAUGAUGUUAAUCAUAUUACUAAGUGGAGAAAAGUAAAUGGUGAUAGUUAGUAGUGAUUACAUGUAUAUGUAGCUGUUAUUGAUAUUAGAACAAAAAUGCUGCUGUCGUGUAGUUUGGGGACAGGUUUCGCAUGGGGGGAGGGGUGAUAAAUGAUCAUGUAUAGCCAUUGUAAUAUUUAUACCUACAGUUUCAGAAAUAAAUGAUAAAUGUCCAUGUA